AAUCUCCCAGCUGUAUGGCCUUUAUAAUGCCUAAUGCAUACAAAACAGAUUGUGUUAGGCGCCUGAUAGUAUUAACAUUUUUCUUUCAGAUUAUCUGCAAUGCUGGAAUGAAGUAACUCAAGAUGAGCAAGCUAAAAGUGGUAGGAGAGAAAAGCCUUACUAAUAGUUCUCGGGUUGUGGGACUCCUGGCUCAGCUGGAGAAGAUCAACACGGAUUCUUCAGAGCCAGAUACUGCCAGAUAUGUUACAUCCAAAAUUCUUCAUUUGGCGCAGAGUCAAGAAAAAACAAGGAGGGAAAUGACAACCAAAGGUUCUACAGGCAUAGAAGUUCUGUUGUCAACAUUAGAGAACACGAAAGAUCUUCAAACUAUACUUAAUAUCCUAAGCAUUCUUGUGGAGUUGGUAUCUUCUGGAGCAAGUUUCUUAGUUGCCAAAGGUGGUCCACAAAUAUUGUUACAACUGCUUAUGAAUGCCAGCAAGGAAUCCCCCCCACAUGAGGAAUUAAUGGUGCAGACUCAUUCCAUUCUUGCGAAGAUUGGACCAAAAGAUAAAAAGUUUGGAGUGAAAGCUAGAGUUAAUGGGGCACUGAACGUAACUCUGAAUUUGAUCAAGCAGAACUUUCAGAACUAUCGCUUGGUUCUGCCUUGUCUUCAGCUCUUGCGAGUGUAUUCUACCAACUCUGUGAACGCAGUAUUUUUAGGUAAAAAUGGGGUUGUGGAGCUGAUGUUUAAGAUCAUUGGACCAUUCAGCAAGAAGAACUCAGGUCUUAUGAGGGUUGCUUUAGACACUCUUGCUGCAUUGCUAAAAUCAAAAACAAAUGCCAGGAGAGCCGUAGACAGAGGAUAUGUUCAAGUGCUUUUAACAAUUUAUGUAGAUUGGCACCGCCAUGAUAAUCGGCAUAGAAACAUGCUCAUUCGGAAAGGGAUCUUGCAGAGCUUAAAAAGCAUCACAAACAUCAAGCUGGGGAGAAAGGCGUUCAUCGAUGCGAACGGGAUGAAGAUUCUGUAUAACACUUCACAAGAAUGCUUGGCUGUCAGGACACUGGAUCCUCUCGUCAACACCUCUAGUCUGAUAAUGAGGAAGUGUUUCCCCAAAAACCGCUUGCCACUCCCAACCAUUAAAAGUUCUUUCCACUUCCAGCUGCCAGUUAUCCCCAUGACUGGACCCGUGGCCCAGCUCUACAGCUUGCCCCCUGAAGUGGAUGACGUAGUAGAUGAAAGUGAUGACAACGAUGAUGCUGAUUUAGAAGCUGAAAAUGAAGUCGAAAAUGAAGAUGACCUAGAUCAGAAUUUUAAGAAUGAUGAUAUUGAAACAGAUAUUAACAAAUUAAGACCCCAGCAAGUACCAGGACGAACAAUAGAAGAACUAAAAAUGUAUGAACACCUCUUUCCUGAGCUUGUUGAUGAUUUUCAGGACUAUGAAUUAAUCUCUAAAGAACCAAAACCUUUUGUGUUUGAGGGGAAAGUUCGAGGCCCUAUUGUUGUCCCCACAGCUGGAGAGGAAGCGUCUGGGAAUUCAGGUAGUGGAAAGAAAGGAGCUGUGACUAAGGAGAAGGCAUCUCCUAAAGGAGAGGAUGCCAUGGAGGAUGUCAAGGGCAGUGACAGGAUGCUGCCACAGCAGCCAGGUGGUCAGAACAGAACCGCGUCUUUAGUUCACAGCUUCAACAGCGACAUUGUGAAGGCCUUAGACCGAAUCACACUGCAGAACAUUCCUUCACAAGUAGCCCCAGGCUUGGGUGCAGGAAUGAGGAAGGACUAUGGUCUGCCUCUCACUGUCGUCUCAUGCACGAAAGCAUGCCCACAUGUGGCUACGUGUGGAAGUACUCUUUUUGAAGGGCGGACAGUACAGCUUGGGAAGCUGUGUUGUACUGGAGCGGAAACCGAAGACGAUGACGAUAGUGAGUCCAACUCCUCCGUAGAGCAGGCCUCCUCUGUGGAAGCCCCCGAUGGACCAACACUCCACGACCCUGAUCUCUACAUUGAGAUUGUGAAAACCACAAAGUCUGUCCCAGAGUACUCGGAGGUGGCUUAUCCUGAUUAUUUUGGUCACGUUCCACCUCCAUUCAAAGAGCCCAUUCUAGAAAGGCCUUAUGGUGUGCAAAGGACAAAGAUUGCCCAAGAUAUCGAGAGGCUGAUACACCAGAAUGACAUCAUAGACCGGGUAGUGUAUGACCUAGAUAACCCCAACUAUGUCACUCCAGAAGACGGAGAUAUUUUGAAGUUUAACUCAAAAUUUGAAUCUGGGAAUCUGCGUAAAGUGAUUCAAAUUAGAAGAAGCGAGUAUGACCUCAUUCUGAACUCGGAUAUAAACAGUAACCAUUAUCACCAGUGGUUCUAUUUCGAAGUCAGCGGGAUGCGGCCUGGCAUUGCAUACAGGUUCAACAUCAUCAACUGUGAGAAGUCCAACAGCCAGUUUAACUACGGUAUGCAACCACUCAUGUAUUCAGUUCAGGAAGCUCUAAAUGCCAGACCGUGGUGGAUUCGUAUGGGCACUGACAUUUGUUACUACAAAAAUCACUUCUCUAGAAGCUCAGUUGCUGCAGGGGGACAGAAGGGCAAGUCCUACUAUACCAUCACAUUCACCGUGAGCUUCCCGCAUAAAGAUGACGUCUGCUAUUUUGCCUAUCACUAUCCAUACACAUAUUCAACUCUGCAGAUGCAUCUUCAGCAGUUGGAAUCAGCACAUAAUCCUCAGCAGAUUUACUUCCGAAAGGAUGUGCUGUGUGAGACCUUGUCUGGAAACAGCUGUCCCCUGGUGACCAUCACAGCAAUGCCAGAGUCCAAUUACUAUGAACACAUCUGUCAAUUCAGAAAUCGCCCUUACAUUUUCCUGUCUGCUCGGGUCCAUCCUGGAGAAACUAAUGCAAGCUGGGUCAUGAAAGGAACCCUGGAGUACCUCAUGAGUAAUAGCCCCACCGCCCAGAGCUUAAGGGAGUCCUACAUUUUUAAAAUUGUUCCUAUGCUAAAUCCAGAUGGUGUCAUCAAUGGAAAUCAUCGAUGCUCUUUAAGUGGAGAGGAUUUGAACAGACAGUGGCAAAGUCCAAACCCAGAUUUGCACCCUACGAUUUACCACGCAAAGGGGCUACUACAAUACCUGGCUGCAGUGAAGCGCUUACCUCUGGUCUAUUGUGAUUACCAUGGCCACUCUCGGAAAAAGAAUGUAUUCAUGUAUGGGUGCAGCAUCAAAGAGACAGUUUGGCACACCCACGACAGUGCAGCUUCCUGUGACGUCGUGGAAGACACGGGGUACCGGACUCUGCCUAAGAUACUAAGCCACAUCGCUCCAGCAUUUUGUAUGAGCAGCUGUAGCUUUGUGGUGGAAAAAUCCAAAGAAUCCACAGCUCGGGUUGUAGUGUGGCGGGAAAUAGGAGUUCAAAGGAGCUAUACCAUGGAGAGCACUUUAUGUGGCUGCGAUCAGGGGAGAUACAAGGUACUUACUUCCAUUACUUUUUACCGACUUAGACACGGUACAAGUAUCUAUAAGGGUUUACAGAUUGGGACUCGAGAAUUGGAAGAGAUGGGAGCAAAAUUUUGUAUUGGUUUAAUGCGUUUGAAAAGACUGACUUCUCCAUUGGAAUAUAAUCUGCCCUCCAACAUGCUUGACUUUGAAAAUGACUUAAUUGAAUCAAGCUGUAAAGUAACUAGCCCUACCACUUAUGUUUUGGAUGAAGAUGAACCUCGAUUCCUUGAAGAAGUUGAUUACAGUGCAGAAAGCAAUGACGAGUUAGAGGUUGAAUUAGUGGAAAACACAGGCGAUUACGAGCCUUCUGCCCAAGAAGAAGCCCUGUCCGACUCCGAGGUAUCAAGAGCAUACCUGCCUUGAACUUUCUGCCAUCUCUGUUCAUCGCCAAGAGGAGAUAAAGUGUCUUGGUUUUUUAUUACAUAGGAAAUUUGAGAGGGAAAAAUCUUUAGACAACUGACUCAAAGAAGAUAAAAAGGAACUUGGGCCUGUUUGGUUUCAAGACAAUAAAUAUGUUAUUAAUUCAUGAUAUAAUUGGCAUUUGUUUUAUUUUAGAUAUUCAAAUUGCUUUAUAUAGCAUUGAAUUAUCAAAUGAUAGAUUUACUUAAAAACAAAAGAACCCAAGUAUCAUUGCAUGAAUUUUCAUCUCCUGUGGCACCUGCAUCAAGCAGAUAAAUUUGAAGUGUGUCCAAAUAGGAAAUCUAAAUGAUAGUGUUGAAAAUUAAUAUAUCUGUCCGUGGAUUCUCUAGACAUGCUUGUGUGGAGGUGGGUAGUUACUGAAGAUAAGACUGCUCUUCAGAAUCAUGUGAACUGUGGAUUGUGGCUAAAAUAAUCCAGAAUUUGCCUUGAAAUCAUCCCAUUCUACAUUUAUCAAGUUAAAUAAAAACUAUAUCAAAUGUUGCA